CCGUUCGCUCCUUGCCCCCCUCAUUCUUUAAUUUCUUUUUUGCAGUGAUUCGAAACGUGGCAUGGAUGUCAGGCAGCGAUGGACAAGUUUGCAGUGGAUCUAGACAAAGUGCUUGACGAGCUUGAGCAAAGUGAAGGCUUGCUGUCAGAAAGGCUUCCCGAGACGCAACUUCAUGCCUUUGAAGUGCCUAGACCAGCGACCCAGGCAAUCCCCAAGUGUCGUGGAGACGUGCCGCGACAAAAUGGGGACCAUGCCAUGCCUCCUCCAGUCCUCCCUUCUGCCAACGCACAAGGAUUAACAGACUCCAAGAAGCCAAGCAGCGAUGACGCAACUAGCGGCAAGGCGUUCUUCUGGGACGGCAGUCCGACGACAGUGCUUGACUCAACCGCAACAUCAUUGUACUCGGAGAAAGGUGUCAGAAAUGCCCCUGUGCACAUGCCCUCAAGUGCUUCACCGUCCAUCCCUUCGGAAGCAACAGCUGGUCAUUUACGAGAAUGUGUUGACUCUUCUGGUGCAUGCAGCGUUGGUCAUAAUGUGUCUGUCCCAGUGCAAGUCAGUGGUCCCGAACGAACCUGUGGUUUAAGAGACUCAGUUGAGUUGCCCAGCUACUCUUCCGCACAGUUGCCGCCUUUAGUGGCUCCCAGUGGCAGCACUGUUUCAAGUGUUUGUGGAAGGGCUGUUUCCGCGGCUGAUGGUUGCAGAAGCAGUGAUGGUGGUGUUAUGUACAAUGGGCAAGUGAGUAGUUGUGGCGAUGAAGCGAGGCUGGGAACGAACGCUGCAACUGAACAGUUAGCGUUACGUGUGGAACCAAAAACAUUGCCUGCUGCAUCUGAAGCAAUCGAAAAUAGAGUUUCUGAUGAUGGUGCUUUCAGUGAUGGGCUUCCAAAGAAUUCAGUUCCUCAAGACAGCUUUCAGUACCCUGAUUUGCUCUCCUUGAGUCCCGUUGGGGAUGCCUCUGUGCACAAGAGUGCUGAACCGCUACAGUCACUCAUUAGCUUAUCUCCCGACGGUGCAAAGAUCCCAGAUGCAAAUGGCACAAAGUUGCUUCCACAUGAUGGUUUGACAAAAAACAAUGAAACAAACUAUGCUCCUUCAUUGCUUGACAGUGAACACUGUCCUCCAGACAUUGAUCUUAACAAGGCCUCCAGCAGUUCUAGAAAAGGAAGUGCUAACUUGGCAUCUAGCAGACUGCUAGAUUCACAAACAGUUUCUCUUUCUUUGGAGAGGCCUCAGCCUUUAUUAGCUGCAUCUGGAGACAAUGCUACCAAGCAGGAAACUGUUGACAGUCCUGCAUGUCCCGUACGACACACUUUGCAGCAAUCUUCUCCAGAAGCUAAGGACGAAACAGCCUCUGCAGUAGUGUCAGAAGGUCCUACUAGUGAUUUGUGUUUGCAGGACAACCACAAAACCGAUCCAGCUACUUCUGUGCAACCUUCAAAAGGAAAUGAUGUCCUUUUGGCUGAGCCAGCAGAAGGGCCAGGCUGUGAUACAUCUGAACUGCCUGUCGCCCAGUCUCCUGGCCCUGCCAACGUUGCUGCCUCUCAGGGGCAACAGGUUUGCGUGCAACCUUCAACACAAGACUCAAGUAAAGAUGCAGAUGCAUUGUCAACGUCUCCAUCCGAAGCAUCGUCUGCAUUACCUGCAACGCCACCUGCUUCCCCACCGAAAGUACGGACACCCGAUCCUGCCAUGCUCUCCUACUCCCCACCACGGUCGUCGUCUGCUCCUCCUGGUGCGUUGCCUGCGUCUCCAGUCAGAGCGUCAUCUGCCUCAUCAUCUCCAGUGUCAUCUGCUUCGACGGGCCCAUCCACGGACGUACCCGAUGACACUUCACACCCAGAGGAUGUCCCUGCGUAUUCAUUCGGGGACGAGGCUACUGUGAUAACUGAGGCCCGCUGCCUGGACGAAGAGCCCGUGGUUGGAUUUGACACUGCACCCGAUGUCACCGACGAAGAGCUUGACCGGCUGCUGCAAGAAGAAGAAGGCGAAGGCGAGCGAAAUUUUUUACCACCGCUGAGCGAGGAGGAGCAGAUGCUGGGCAAAGUGAAGCCCUUCUGGAUCCCCGACGAGGAGGCACCCGCGUGCAUGCUGUGUUUUGGGCGCUUCACUGUGCUCAAGCGCCGACACCACUGCCGUGCCUGCGGAAAGGUGCUGUGUUCCUCGUGUUGCAACCAGAAGGCACCACUGCCCUGCCUGGAGAACCGGGAAGGUCGUGUUUGCCUUCCCUGCCUCACCAUUUUACAGAGGGUGGCUGCAGUCGAGCGACUUGGUGGUCCAAGCCCAGCCAAUCCAGCGGCCUACUGCUCACGGGGUCCACCCCCACUGCACGGAGCAGCGCAGUCGCCACCCCUCACGGUCCUAGUUCCCGUGCUACGGCGGGGACCACGACCAGAUGGAGAGGCCCCCAAGCAGGUGAUGUUCUCAGAUGGAAUACGGCCUGGUGGGGACUUGUCGGAUGAAGUGAUGCCCUCUGCAAUGCCGGGCCCACCUCGGGAGCUCAGCUGCCCAGAUGGACCCGCGGAGAGCCUGCUUCAAGAGCGUCGGGUAGUCCUGUCAGACAUUGAAGGCUCCCUACCGCCAGUGGCACUCAGUGUUUCACAGCGAGAUCUGAAGCUCGAGAACGAGAAUGACCUGAUGAUUGUGCUCCAGGAUCCAAAUGUGGAGCCUGUCGCAUUUGCACUCACAAGGAACUUGCAUGUGCUGGUCAAGAUUGUCACAGUGGAGUGUGGCGCGAGGCGCCAGUGCUGGAACUUCUGCAGCCGCGGCCUCUGCAACCUGGGUCUGGACGAGGUGGUGCUCCUGCUGGAGCGGGAGCCGGGGGAGUCGCAGCUCCCGCGGGAUGCCCUGCGGCUGUUUGCAACCCUGCAGGGCAUCGGUGCCACGGGGGGCCACCGACCAGUAGGCGUAAUUGCCCCCGGUGUGACGAUGACGACGACGACGGCCGUGGGGGCAUUCCAGUGCCUGCCCUUUCCCGAGGGGGUGCUUGGCAGCAACGACCACGGUGGAUUCCUUCUGCUGCCCCACAUGGGACAGUGCUUGGACGGACUUGUUCUUCCCCGUCCUCCGUGGCUGUGUGCUGUCCUGCUCCAACGGAUGGAACUGCCCUGGGCUCGACUGCUGCCUCUUCGGCUUCUGCUGAGGCUUGGAGCCGAAUUUGAAGUGUACCCGUACCCAAUGGUCAGCGUUCGUGGACGUCGCUCUGUCUAUGCUGAAGUUGGCCACACUAUUAUGACUGUUCUAUUGGAUUUCCGCAACUUCCAGUACCAGCUGGCCAGUCUGCCAGGGCUUCUGGUGCACUUGGAGGGGCGGCAGACGACAGUGCGGGUGCCCCGGAACCGCUAUGAUGCCCUCGUGCGAGUCCUGGAUGGCAACGAGCAUGUGCUUGCCCUGGCAGGGAACAUGAGCCCCGAGGCAGAUGCUCACCUUGUCUGCGUGCAGUCUCCUGAAGCAGGCACCUACCACUCUCAGGCACUCCAGGCACGUCCCGGAAACCCUGUAGAGUGCACAGGGGCGUCAUUUGUGGUCUUCAGUGGUGCCCUCAAGGGUCCAGGGGAAGCCAAGCACAGCGUUGUCGAAGACGGUGUGCUGGUGCAGCUUUCGCCAGCCAGCAUGGGAAGUCUGCGGACAGCGCUGCGUGCCAUGCGUGACUGGCAUGUUCCGGCGGUUCCUGCGUCGCCUGGCGAAGACGCUGGCCACAUUGCCGUCAUCUGGACAGAGGAUGACCGGCCAAAGAAUACAGGGGUGCGAAGCCCAAUAGACGGCCGCAGUCUGGAGGGCAUUACUGGUGUGCGCUUGCGUGCCUUCUCGGACUUCUGCGCUCGGGGCCUGUGCCUUCGGUGGACCGAGUUCUUUCUCCUUUCCUGCGACGGAGGACCAACAUGGGGCGGGUGUGAGGACCCCCAGCGGGCUGCUGAGGGGCUGGCUCGCGCUUUCUGCGAGGCGCUGCUGCCACACCUGACCUUGCUGCAGCCCCUGUCUCCACUCGGCCUCCGUGCCCAGUUGGGCCCAGACCAAGUCGGCUAUGAAGCCGGCGCACAGGGCCAACCGCUGCCAGUUGUCUGUCAGGAGCCACUGGACUGUGCAUUGGUGCCCUUGCUUACCGGGCCGCAGGAACCCAUGCACAUUGAGAUGCUCUUCCACGUCAUCUACCAGUGAAAGGAUUCAGAAUGUCAGCAGCAGCCCAGUCUCACAAGACAUGUGCGCAAGCUACUGUCUAUUCAACUCCGCUAGCAAGCCCAUCCAAUGGGCACUACUACAUCAACAGCACCUGUGAACGACUGACUUUGCAAGCAGCUUUGUGAGCUGUUUUAAGUGGCGACCCACAAUGAUGAGCGUUACAUGGCUUCCAAUCUGUCACCUGCCCCAUGUUUUCCCCUCGUCGAACCCGAAAUAUUGUGAAGAGCCAACUGCCCAGAGAAAAGCUCUCCGAGAAGUCCUGUGAAACAGCUUCACAUUUACUCCUCGAGCGGGAUCAAAACAGCUACAUCUAUGAUACUUUUUCACAGCUCGCUAUUGUGCGAGAGGUUUUGCAUGCUAGUUUUCGUAAGCCUAGCCGUUCCUGUGAACUUUGUGAGGGUCUGGAGAGCUUGUCACCAACGCCACUUUCUUCUUUUACCAAGAGUGCAAUUUUGCUGAUUUUAUCCCGCAGGUCGAUUGCUACAAAGUUCUUAUUUUCAGAACGAAAGAGAAUGAGGAUCUGCCGCUGCAAAGGUAGCAUUGUAGUCCUCCUAGCACAGUCCUAAUGCACGUGAUGGGGACACUUAUCACCUAAGCUUUUCUGAAACAGACAAGCCGACACAAGCCUCCUAUAUUCUCGGCUUUGAGCGUUGCGGGCACACUCAGUACUGUUCCUCAUGGAGCUCGGCACCUGCAUCAAUACCAGCUAGACCAUGACCACUCUGUUCAAGCUUGCAAAGAGAGCACAUCAUUCUGGGACCUGUGCUUUUGCCAGCCGCAUCCAUAAUGAGAGUGUCAGUAUGCUUAUUUUAUGUAUGUGGAAGUUCUUAUGUGAAGAACGUAUUGCUAAUUGUAUUUCACUGGGUUUGCCAAGUGGAGAAGAUAAUUAUAUUACUUGUAUGCGAUAAUGCGCUUUUUACCAUCAUGGGUAGUUUAAUCUUUGGUUUCAAGACGUUUUAAUUAAACUAUGAGAAAAUGCUGCGGUAGAUGGCUUAGUAGUGGACAGUCUGUUAUGCCCUCUCCUGCCACGGCAAUUUGACCGCAUGUGCGUGCACAUAUGCCAACUUCACUAGUUCUACUCUCACUUAUGGUUUGGCGCAUUCUUACGGCGCUGAUGAUGCAGAUGUUAAUUCAAACAUGUGCAGCUAUGCCUUGUAGUUGCUUGAGUAAUGGUUUCACACCUAAUAAGUGCAACAAAGGCCAGGGAUCAGGCUCUUGUAUGGUCUACAAAUAUGCAGGUUAUCACGUACUGUGGCUCAGUAGUUGGGUUAUAUGUAAUAACGUCAGAAGAAAACCGGGGUUCUGCAUUUGUUUGCGGAGUCUGAACACAUUGAUUACACAGCAUAGUCAUGUGCACUUACAAAGGCUUUCCACAGUUGCUCAAUCAUAUAUUGCCGCCAAGAACGGACAGCCACAAGACUAGCACAAUGACAUGCUGGUGACAGCUGUGCUGCUGUCAUCAGCAUUGUGCUCUGCUAACCUGAGUGGCCGUGCUUAAAUAAAAAGUUUUGCAUUUACUUGUAGACAGAAUUAUUGACCGUUGUUCUGGGUUGCAUUUGGUUUUCAGUGGGUUUCUUUAUACAAUUUGAUUAUACAUUUCAGACCACUUGUAAAGUAACCGUGUAUAGUGGAUCACAGUCUUUCUAACUACUGGUUUCUCAGCCACAAAACUAAAAGCAUACACUAUACACCUAUAAUGCAGUCACAUGAUGCAGAAUGUCAGCUAUAGAAGCUGAAAGACUUUGUAGACAAGUUAGGCAGCGGGAGCUUUCGUGGCAAGAGUGCUCGAAAUUGCCGAACAUCCUGUUUGGAUGUUAUGAUGGUGUGGUAUUCCUGGCCACUCGGGAUGUGCAUUCCACGUGUGUACAGGCACUGAGCAUGUGUGUUUUUGUUACAGUGCACAUUUUCGCGAUUCUGGUGACAUGUUGUAAGCUGGUUUGCACUGUAUAGAACCCAAACUUUGCUUCGUAUGAGACGGGGCUGUACAGCAUCGUCGUUUGCUGACACCGAGACAGGGCAGGAAAAAUGGAAAGGAAUGUGGAACCCAACUGUCCCUUAUGAACUGCAUUGAACAGCUGCCUUAUUUGAGCAACUGCCUUAUUUUAUUCAUUCUUUAAGUUCUUGUACAAGAAGCUAACUCUCUCCCACUUAAGUAGCCUCAAUGUCGGCAUGAUUUCACGUGCCUGCGUGUGCAUUUGCAUGCAAAACAGAAGGUAGGCAUUUACAAGAUGUGCAUCACUUUUAACCUUCUCUUUGGAAAUACAUGGUGCCUAAAUUGCACCAGGCAGUUCCUCGCACGAUGCAAACAGAUAGCACGUCGAAUCAGAAUUGUGGAAAACAAGCGUGGGAACAGCUGUGGUGCAGGCGUGCUUAUGGCAGCUGAUAUCGGAAAGCAGUCUACAGGCAUUCUGCUUUUAUAUAGCACCUCCCCACAGCCUAAAGGGACACUAAAGGGAAACACUAUAUCAGUUUAGAAUGAUAAGUAUUCUUUCAAAGCCUUAUUUUUCAUUAAUUUUGCUUUAAGAGGUCGAUUAGUGAAGGAGAAAAUGAAGGCAAAACUUUCAUUUCAUCAAUCUUUGCGCCAAAAGCCCAGCACCAGUACUUGGAGUGUGGCGUUAAGGAUUUCAGAGCAUUUUCUUGCGUUUGAGUUGUUGCAGCAUAGUAAAGGUUCUAAAAAUUGGAUUAGUAAGUAAGCUGUUGGGCUAGUUGGUUUGACAUUUCAAAGGGGAGCGCAGAAGUGUUGUGGAAAAAGGAGACCAGGACAGGAAAGAUGCUGAAAACUGCCAAGUUUAAUCUUUGACUCCAAAGAAUACAGUGUAGUGUAUCUUUACGGGAAAAAACAAAAGUUAGUCACUUCCAAGCAGGUGCCGUCAAAAUGUGAUGUCACAGUGAGCUGGUGCAGAAACUUGAUGGUGGCGUCACCAAUCUUUCCUGUUAGUGUCUUUUCUAGCUUAUGAGGCAUCCUGUCACGAUAAGAGUGGAUUUUUUAGUAUUGUGAUAAAUGAUGUAUUAUACAACUCAACCCGGUUUGAUCUUUGAUGACCCUACUGCAGCAAAACAUUGAGUUUCUGCACGGCUUCCAAGAUCAAGGUGCAUUGUUUCCUCUGUGGCAUGCAACAUGAUCUCGGAGGCUGCAAUUUUGGCUUACUGAGGUGGUCGCUGCUUGUUAUCAGAGAGGAAGUGGGUUCAUGACGUAAAAUGCACUGCAAAAGCAUAAUUCGCUGUGUUGUAUAAAAUUUUAGUUGUUUUUGGACAUGAAUGAACUUAGAAACGGCUAUUGGCAUUUGCACACCAGACCAACAAUGUGCACGAGCAUGUGCCAGAUAUGCCUGAGAAGCCAUGCAUUCACAUGUAGGGAACGCCAUGUGUGAAUGCUGCUUUUACUACUGCGCAUGCAGUUGAAGCUCCGAUAGAAACUAGCACUUAACGCAUUACAAUGUUUGUGCUAAGAAUGGUUGAUUUAAUUUUAUCUCAUUAAUAUCAAGAAGUCCGUUCGGUGACGUAUUUACUCACAGGUCAGAAUUUCCUUUUUUUUUUUUUCAAAACUACUUGUGCCCAUUUGCAUUACUGCUUUCAUAGCUGUGAUAUACACCAGCUCCCUCCAGCUUAUUUCAAUGUGCAAUUUAAGGUAGAGAGUGACCAUGUCCAAUUGCACAUAAGUCAGCUCUGUAAGUCACAAUCCCAAUCUCCACAGUCUUCAAUAAAUAAAGAUCGAUUUGCAUGCUGCACAUUAUUUGAAUACAGGAACGAGUAGACUAACAUUGGCCUUGCUGAACUUCGCAUCAGGGCUGAGUCGCUAACUCGUACAUGUGCAAUGAGGCACUUUGCACUGCGCUUUUAACUUUGUGGUUGGGCGGGGGGCAGGAACUUGUGCACGACUGGUUAUCGUGCAUUUGACUGAGCGUAACCUCAUUGCCAUACACCGGUAAUACACAGUUAACACAGACCGGCGAUGCCACGCUCUGAGAGCUGCAGUUUUUGCGUCACUGACUUGCAAUGGUUGCUGCUGGCGUAGCAGUGUUAAUGGAGCUCUUCACUUAUUACUAUACUUGGAUUUGUAACCCGUGACCAUUCGUGCUAUUCCAGACCAGCUUACAAGCUUAAAAAGGAGUACUGGCGUAAAGUUUUUGAGUUGUCAUUCUUUUUGUUUAAUAUAGACCCAGUGUUUUAAACCUUAGAAAAAAUGCUAGCAAGCAUCUGAGUGCACCAAGCACAUAAUUUGCUAUAAUGCAUGUUAUUUUACGAUCCAGUUUCGAUUUCGUUCCCCGGAGGAUGAUGCGUCAUGACGUUGCAAUACAUUUGCUUGCUCCAUGCCAUAUGCGAGCCCAGCAAGAAAAAACAUGCGUUUGUUUACUUUAUCACUAGCAAUGUCAUCAUAUAUCUAGCCCUUUUGCUACAUGAUGUUGGUAGACCAUGUCCUGUGUCAUGACAUCACGAUAAAAUCAAGGACACCAGGUCUGGUAUUUCAAGGCUAAGUUUAGUAUUAAGAUAUGUUAUAGGUGUUUCCCAACCUUAAAACUUUCUAAGCAUUGUUGUUUUACAUGCCAGAAGUGUGAGGAAAAAUUUCUGUAACCUCGAAAAUAUGUGUUUGCACUCCCUUAUUGUAACAUCUGUGUUGACUAAAAGGUCGAGGAACUACCUUUAGGAUUGUGUGGCCUGCUAAUGGGUCUUCCUUCAAAAGUCUCUCUACCCUUUGACAUAAUUCAGCUGAUGUGUGUUUGUGUGCCUGAGUAGCAUGCAAGGCUGUUCCACAGAUGUGAAUUGUUGCCAGAAAGCCGUUGAACAACCUCGAUGUUAAGGUUGCUGUACAAAUUCAGCUUACUCUAGACAUGUUUGUUUGUCAUGAAAGUGAUUAUGUACGAGCUGCUUGUGCAGUAUCUAUGACAUUUGCAUGCUGUGUAAUUUACUACUUUAACUCCGAUGCAGGGUCAAAUGGAGCCCAAUCAAUUUGCACGUGUUCUACUUGGAGCUUACAUACUAUUUUCGGCAUCUUAAACAGAAUGGGCGUACGAGAGGUGUGUGCAAUAUCGUUUGCGAGUGUUCUUGCUGUGAUGGACAGAAUAACAUUGUACAACAUGCUUCUUUAACUGUUUAUAACUUCUUUUGCAAGGGUACGUGUUCUCUUUUUAUUAAAGAAAAAUUUCUAAUGGCCAGCUGAAUUUAUUAGUUGCAAAGCUGCAUGUAGAUAAGAAUGCAUGCUCAAUCAAGUGUGAAAGGUUGUGGUAUGUCCAGUUACUUGUGCGACUGUUCUAGGUUUAAUAAUAAAAAAUAUAGGUGAUGCAAAAGAAUCGCUGUCCAUGCUUCUGUUUGAACUGGCGGCUAGUUAGUGUUACAGUUACCAACAUUUUUAUCUUCUCAGUUGUGUGCCUUGGUUACUUUUUGGAAAGUGUAAAUGGUCGGUGCAUCAUUGAGGAGGAUGCCUUGUUUAGCACUUUGCGUAAGUCAUCACAAUGUCUAUAUGACCACGCAUUGCUGUUUGACCAGCUGCCUUUGAUAGGCAUGGGCACUUGGCGUUUGGCCCAUAGACUUGACCAUUUCUGCCAGCAUGUCACUUGCACGAGUCAUGUCAACAUGGACAUAUUGGUAGCUGUGCCAUGAUCGCCUCUUAUGAGAGAAAUCUGCAACAUAUUCAGUGCAAUUCAAGAUGGUGUCACGUGGUUUCAGGACCGCAAUAAAUGAGUUGCUUUUACUGUUA